AUGGCUCCUGUGCCUCCCGCGCCGCAUACCCGUGGUCGGGAUGUCCUUGUCAGAGCCCCCUUCCACUUCAACACACCUUUCCAGACCACCCCCGCAGCGCCGCAGCCUAAAAGGACCCCUCCAAUAAUUCCUAUUCGUCCGCCAUGCUUACGAAUUCGACGAAUCCCAAAUUUGCUGACCACUAUCGAGAUUCGAGAUUCGAGACUGAUCUCAAUUCUUGCGAAUCUCCCUUCUUAUACCCUGGCAUUCGGUGACGGUCACGCGCCAGACCUAUCGAUGAGGCUCGCACUGGGGCAACACCCGAAGCAAAUCCACGGCCUAUCUGAUGACUCCAUACACAACCUGGACACAUCUCUGGUUCCGAAGAGACGGAAUGCUAACGUACAUGGGUACGCAAUCACAAGCAUGGGCAUCGAUGCCCGUCCGUUUUCGUUUCGGCAUGACUUUUGGCUGCAUUGGUACCAAUCAGCUUCAAUACACGUGCCAGACGCUGUACGACAGCGGGGAGCUGAGCGGUACGUGUACAUAACUACCGUGCACAGUUCACGGCGCCUCACGUGCAGACGGCGCCUACCUGCGGUGGAUGGAGCCAUGGUGACACCGGCGGCUGUGGUCGCAAUGGUAUCGCCUACACGACCACCUCAAUCAGGCUCAAUGUACAGUACUGUAGUUGUGCGGUCAUCGUUUUUCAUGGGCUUCUUAAAGCAUGAGAUCCACUUGUGGUUUCAGGCUUUCACUUCUGACCCUGAAUUACAACACGUCUUGUGA